AUGCGCUCAGUUUCUGGUCAUGAAGGAAGACAUGCCUCGCAAAAAAAUAUGCUUGUGGGUUCCUUGAGAUUAUUCCGGAAAAACGAAUUUGCCAAACUCGUUGUGCUAAAGAGAUGGGGCAUGAAAUCUCUUGGAAACGACACAUCAUAUUCGUUAAAAGUGAGUGAACCCGACGUGUACGAGAAAGAAGGAAGCUCUCGAAAAGAAGGUGUAUUAGAACAUAUAAAAGACCCUUACUCGAAAAAGGAUCAAGAAAAUUUCAAAAAGUGCAAUCGAGAAUGUGUCGAUGAGAAGCAUCACCGUGUGGAUGAGACGACUGGUCGAGAACCUGUCAAAUCCUAUUGUACUUUAAAAAUAUUUCACGUAUCAAUCGACCUGAAAACUUUUUCCCUUGGACAGACAGGUUAUAUCUCAUCUGACGGCCAUCAUUUACGAAAUCCAACAAAAAUGUUGGUGACUUCCAUAUUGUCUUUUAUGGAUAGAAGUGGUUCCAUGUGUACUAGAGAUUGCAAAAAAAUUUGUUCAAGCACUGGCACUUCAAGGUUGAGGUUACCGCACGACAAUUGA